AUGCAAAGUGCCAUGUUCCUGGCCGUCCACCACGACUGCGGGUCCAUGGACAAGAGCUCUGGCAGCAGCCCCAAGAGCGAGGAGAAGCGGGAGAAGAUGAAGCGGACCUUGUUAAAAGAUUGGAAGGCUCGCUUGAGCUACUUCUUGCAACAUUCCUCCUCUCCUGAGAAGUCCAAGACCGGCAAGAAAAGCAAACAGCAAACCUACAUCAGGCCUUCCCCCGAGGAGGCACAGCUGUGGUCGGAAGCCUUCGAUGAGCUGCUCGCCAGCAAAUAUGGUCUUGCUGCGUUCAGGGCUUUUCUGAAAUCGGAAUUCUGUGAAGAAAACAUCGAAUUCUGGCUGGCCUGCGAAGACUUUAAGAAAACCAAGUCACCCCAAAAGCUGUCCUCAAAAGCAAAGAAGAUCUACACGGACUUCAUAGAAAAAGAGGCCCCCAAAGAGAUAAACAUAGACUUUCAAACCAAGACGCUCAUUGCCCAGAACAUCCAAGAGGCUACGAGUGGCUGCUUUGCGACAGCCCAGAAGAGGGUGUACAGCCUCAUGGAGAACAACUCCUACCCCCGCUUCCUGGAGUCGGCCUUCUACCAGGAUCUGUGUAAAAAGCCCCAGGUCGCCGAGGAGGCCCACGCCACAUGA